AUGGAUAUUAGAAAUUAUACAUGGAAUAAAAAAAGGAAAGCACUACCCCCUAGACACAUUAAUGAGGAACAUACUUUACCCGGAAGCAUCGUAGAACAUGAUAGAAGUAGUUAUAUUCCUACCUAUUAA